AUGGGCUUCACUCUGCACUCCGUCUACUUCACCUUGAAGCUGAGUUUGCUGCUGGGCUCCUUGCUAGGUCUCUGUUUGGGUCUGGAGUUCAUGGGCAUCCCCAAUCAGUGGGCUCGCUACCUCCGCUGGGAUGCCAGCACUAGGAGCGAACUCAGCUUCCAGUUCAAGACCAAUGUCUCUGCUGGGCUGCUUCUCUACUUUGAUGAUGGUGGUGUCUGUGACUUCCUCUGUCUGUCCCUUGUUGAUGGGCGCAUCCAGCUUCAAUUCAGUGUGGACUGUGCAGAGACUACAGUUAUCACAGACAAACAGGUCAACGACAGCAACUGGCACUUCCUGAUGGUCAGCCGCAAUCACCUUCGGACAGUGCUAGUGUUGGAUGGUGAAGCUAAGCCAGGUGAGGUGCGUCCACAACGCCAGUAUAUGAAUAUCGUCAGUGACCUUUUUGUUGGUGGAGUCCCACUGGACAUCCGUCCUGCUGCCCUGACUCUUGAUGGUGUUCUGAGUGAGCCUCCAUUUCAAGGAUUUAUCCUGGAUCUGAAAUAUGGCAACACUGAACCACAGCUCCUGGGCAGUCAAGGGGUCCGUCUAGAAAUGGAAGGGCUUUGCGCAGAAAACCCCUGUGAAAAUGGUGGCACUUGCUUCCUUCUGGAUGGUGAACCACACUGUGACUGCUCAGCCACUGGAUAUGCUGGCAAACUGUGUUCUGAAGAUGUCAAUCGUAUUCCAGGACUCUCACACCUGAUGAUGGCUGAACAAGGUAGAAGUAAAGCACGAGAUGAGAACAUGGCCACUUUUCGUGGUUCUGAAUACCUUUGCUAUGACCUGUCACAAAACCCCAUCCAGAGCAGCAGUGAUGAGAUCACUCUCUCCUUCAAGACCUGGCAACGCAACGGGCUCAUUCUGCACACUGGCAAGUCAGCUGACUAUGUCAACCUGGCCCUAAAAGAUGGUGCGGUCUCCUUGGUCAUUAACCUGGGGUCUGGGGCCUUCGAAGCCAUUGUGGAGCCAGUCAAUGGCAAGUUCAAUGACAACGCGUGGCACGACGUUAAGGUGACACGAAACCUGCGGCAGCACUCAGGCAUUGGACACGCUAUGGUAAACAAACUACAUUGUCUGGUGACAAUCUCUGUGGAUGGCAUCCUUACCACCACGGGCUACACGCAGGAGGACUACACCAUGCUGGGCUCAGAUGACUUCUUUUAUGUGGGAGGGAGCCCCAGUACUGCUGAUUUACCUGGCUCUCCAGUAAGCAACAACUUCAUGGGCUGUCUCAAAGAGGUUGUUUAUAAGAAUAAUGACAUUCGUCUGGAGCUGUCUCGCUUGGCACGGAUUGGUGAUACUAAGAUGAAGAUCUACGGGGAAGUGAAAUUUGUAUGUGAGAAUGUGGCUACACUGGAUCCCAUCAGCUUUGAGACACCUGAGGCAUAUAUUAGUCUGCCUAAAUGGAAUACCAAAAGGAUGGGCUCCAUCUCAUUUGAUUUCCGAACCACUGAACCCAAUGGACUGAUCCUUUUCACCCAUGGCAAGCCUCAGGAGAGGAAAGAUGCCAGGAGCCAGAAAAACACAAAGGUAGACUUCUUUGCAGUGGAGCUUUUAGAUGGGAACCUCUACUUGCUGCUGGACAUGGGCUCUGGGACCAUUAAGGUCAAGGCCACCCAGAAGAAAGCCAAUGAUGGAGAAUGGUAUCAUGUGGAUAUUCAACGAGAUGGAAGAUCAGGUACUAUAUCUGUGAACAGCAGACGCACCCCAUUCACCGCCAGUGGGGAGAGCGAGAUCCUGGAUCUGGAAGGUGACAUGUACCUUGGUGGGCUGCCUGAGAACCGGGCAGGACUCAUCCUUCCCACAGAGCUCUGGACAGCAAUGCUCAACUAUGGCUACGUUGGCUGUAUCCGAGACUUGUUCAUUGAUGGACGAAGCAAGAACAUCCGGCAGCUGGCAGAGGCACAGAAUGCAGCAGGAGUCAAGUCUUCCUGCUCCCGCCUAAGCACCAAGCAGUGUGACAGCUACCCCUGCAAGAAUAAUGCAGUCUGCAAGGAUGGCUGGAACCGCUUCAUUUGUGACUGCACUGGCACCGGCUACUGGGGUAGAACAUGUGAACGAGAGGCCUCUAUAUUGAGCUAUGAUGGCAGCAUGUAUAUGAAGAUCAUCAUGCCUAUGGUCAUGCAUACAGAAGCAGAAGAUGUCUCCUUCCGUUUCAUGUCCCAGCGUGCUUAUGGGCUGUUGAUGGCAACCACCUCACGAGACUCUGCUGACACUCUGCGCCUGGAGCUGGAUGGAGGCCGUGUCAAACUUAUGGUCAAUUUAGACUGUAUCAGGAUAAACUGUAACGCCAGCAAGGGACCUGAAACUCUUUAUGCUGGGCAGAAACUCAAUGACAACGAGUGGCACACUGUCCGGGUAGUUCGGCGAGGAAAGAGCCUCAAGCUGAUGGUGGAUGAUGAUGUUGCUGAGGGCACAAUGGUUGGCGAUCAUACCCGUUUGGAGUUCCACAACAUUGAGACGGGAAUCAUGACAGAGAAGCGCUACAUCUCUGUCAUCCCGUCCAGCUUCAUUGGCCACCUCCAGAGCCUCAUGUUCAAUGGGAUGCUCUACAUUGACCUGUGCAAGAAUGGUGACAUUGACUAUUGUGAGCUGAAGGCACGCUUUGGUCUCCGCAACAUUAUAGCUGACCCCGUGACGUUCAAGACCAAGAGCAGCUACUUGAGCUUGGCUACCUUGCAGGCUUAUACAUCCAUGCAUCUCUUCUUUCAGUUCAAGACCACCUCAGCUGAUGGCUUCAUCCUCUUUAACAGUGGUGAUGGCAAUGAUUUUAUCGCAGUUGAACUAGUCAAGGGGUAUAUACACUAUGUGUUUGACCUUGGAAAUGGACCUAAUGUUAUCAAAGGCAACAGUGAUCGUCCUCUUCAUGACAACCAAUGGCACAAUGUUGUCAUUACUAGAGAUAACAGUAACACACAUAGCCUAAAGGUGGAUACUAAGGUGGUCACUCAGGUUAUCAAUGGUGCAAAAAAUCUGGAUCUUAAAGGUGAUCUCUACAUUGCUGGCCUAGCUCAAGGCAUGUAUAGCAACCUCCCGAAGCUUGUGGCCUCACGUGAUGGGUUUCAGGGCUGCCUAGCUUCUGUGGACUUGAACGGAAGGUCUGGUGAGCUCUGUAGUGACAGCUUGUAUUUCUCUGGGAGGUAUUCAGCAAACUGUGAAGGACCGAGCACUACCUGCCAGGAAGAUUCCUGUGCAAAUCAGGGCAUCUGUAAUCAGCAAUGGGAAGGCUUCACCUGUGAUUGCUCCAUGACUUCAUAUUCUGGGAGCCAGUGUAAUGACCCUGGUGCCACGUAUAUAUUUGGGAAGAGUGGAGGUCUCAUCCUGUACACCUGGCCAGCUAAUGACAGACCAAGCACGAGGACAGACCGUCUUGCUGUAGGCUUCAGCACAACGGUGAAGGAUGGAAUUCUUGUUCGGAUUGACAGUGCCCCUGGGCUUGGUGAUUUUCUGCAGCUGCAUAUCGAGCAAGGCAAGAUUGGUGUAGUCUUCAAUAUUGGCACAGUGGACAUCUCUAUAAAAGAGGAUAGCACACCUGUAAAUGAUGGCAAAUACCAUGUGGUGCGCUUUACCAGGAAUGGUGGCAAUGCCACACUUCAGGUUGACAGCUGGCCAGUGAAUGAACACUACCCAACAGGCAACACUGAUAGUGAACGGUUCCAAAUGGUAAAACAGAAAAUCCCCUUCAAAUAUAACCGGCCUGUAGAGGAGUGGCUGCAGGAAAAAGGACGACAGUUAACGAUCUUCAACACCCAGGCGCAAAUAGCCAUAGGAGGGAAGGACAGAGGGCGUCUCUUCCAAGGCCAGCUCUCCGGUCUCUAUUACAAUGGCUUGAAAGUGCUGAAUAUGGCAGCAGAGAACAACCCCAACAUUAAAAUAAAUGGCAGCGUCCGACUUGUUGGGGAAGUCCCUUCCAUCUUGGGAACAACACCUACAACCUCUGUGCCACCAGAAAUGUCUACUACAGUCAUGGAAACCACAACUACUAUGGCCACCACUACAACCCGAAAAAAUCGUUCACCGCCCAGCAUCCAGACAACAGAUGACAUCGUUUCAUCAGCUGAAUGUUCCAGUGAUGAUGAAGAUUUCAUUGACUGUGAGCCCAGUACAGGUAAGUCAGGAGGUGAAUUAGUUAUCCCUCUACUUGUAGAAGACCCUUUAGAUAUCCCUCCUAUUGCUACUCGUGCACCUUUCAUUACACUUCCCCCUACCUUUCGCCCCCUCCUCACCAUUAUUGAGACCACCAAAGAUUCCCUGUCCAUGACCUCUGAGGCGGGGUUACCUUGCUUGUCGGACCAAGGCAGCGAUGGUUGUGAUGAUGAUGGCUUGGUGAUAUCUGGGUAUGGCUCAGGGGAAACCUUUGACUCUAACCUACCCCCUACUGAUGAUGAAGAUUUUUACACCACCUUCUCCUUGGUAACAGAUAAGAGUCUUUCCACUUCAAUCUUCGAAGGUGGCUACAAAGCACACGCACCCAAGUGGGAAUCCAAGGACUUUAGACCUAACAAAGUCUCCGAAACUGUUAGGACUACUACCACGUCUUUGUCCCCUGAGCUGAUCCGCUCCACAGCUUCGUCCUCGACUGGGAUGGUGCCCAAAUUGCCAGCCGGCAAAAUGAAUAACCGUGAGCUCAAACCCCAGCCUGACAUAGUCUUGCUUCCGUUGCCCACUGCCUAUGAGCUAGACAACACAAAGCUGAAGAGCCCGCUAAUCACUUCCCCCAUGUUCCGUAAUGUGCCCACAGCAAACCCCACGGAGCCAGGAAUCAGACGGGUUCCGGGGGCCUCAGAGGUGGUCCGAGAGUCGAGCAGCACAACAGGGAUGGUCGUCGGCAUUGUGGCUGCUGCCGCCCUCUGCAUCCUCAUCCUCUUGUAUGCCAUGUACAAGUACAGGAACAGGGACGAGGGGUCCUAUCAGGUGGACGAGACACGGAACUACAUCAGCAACUCAGCCCAGAGCAACGGCACACUUGUGAAGGAGAAGCAGCACUCAAAGAGUGGCCACAAGAAACAGAAAAACAAGGACAAAGAAAAUUAUGUGUAAAAAAAAUAUUAUUUAUAUAUAAAUAUAUAAAUAUUUAAUGAGAUUUAACUGAAAUACCAGAAACAUUGCAGCAAACAAGAUUGGGAGAUACCAUUUGUGGGAAAAAAUAUUGGGAAAAAACAAAAAUUCAGCAGUGACUGUUAACGUCUCAGUCAUCGCUUGGAAUCAGCAAACUCUGCCCUAAUGUAUUAUAAAGCACACUUGGCGUUCUGGAGAUGGUACACACAGCUCUGCCCUGUUAGUGAACUUGGACGUCUCCAAAUCUCCUCCUCCCCUGAACUUUCUGCAAAGGUAGAAGACUUCUCGGCUUACUUGUUUCAUAUCUCCAAGUGAGUCUUUAACAAUGUUCGUGAUCCCUGACUGUAUCGAUAGUUUUUUCAGUUUACUUAUU